AAUUUAUUAAAAAUUGCGAAUUUAGAGCCUAAGUAUCAAUCAGUAAGAGCUCAUAAACAUUGACACGUGGACGUUAUUAGCUCCGAAAAUGUCGAUGUUAAUGGCGGUCAAAUCCACUUCACUCUGCAACUCAAACACUUCAGUUUCAGCCAGAAUCAGACAAAACCCUCGCGCCGUCAGAUCGGUUUAUCCGACGGUGAGAAUGCAGUCACGUGUUCACCGUCUGAUCGAAGAGCAAGGCGCCGUGCUUAUUCCCGGAGUCUACGACGCAUUAUCGGCGGCUAUCGUGCAGCAGACCGGUUUCUCCGCCGCGCUUAUCUCCGGUUACGCCCUCUCCGCCUCUAUUUUGGGAAAACCCGAUUUCGGUUUGAUAACACCGCCGGAGAUGGCAGCAGCGGCGAGAUCGGUUUGUGCUGCGGCUCCGAACAUACCCAUUAUUGCGGAUGCAGAUACUGGUGGAGGAAAUGCCCUCAAUGUUCAAAGAACCGUAAAGGACUUAAUCGCAGCAGGUGCUGCCGGUUGCUUCCUUGAGGACCAGGCAUGGCCAAAGAGGUGUGGUCAUAUGCGUGGCAAAGAGGUCAUACCUGCGGAGGAGCACGCUGCUAAAAUAGCAUCAGCGAGAGACGCUAUUGGAGAUUCUGACUUUUUCCUCAUCGCUAGAACUGAUGCGCGCGCUCUGUCUGCAAAAACAGGACUUUCAGACGCCAUUGAUCGUGCUAAUCUCUACAUGGAGGCAGGAGCUGAUGCUUCCUUUGUUGAGGCACCUAGGGACGAUGAUGAGCUCAAGGAAAUUGGAAAGCGCACGAAAGGGUACAGAUUAUGUAACAUGCUUGAAGGUGGGCGCACGCCAUUGCAUACGCCAGAUGAGCUUAAGGAAAUGGGAUUUCAUUUGAUCGCUCACCCGCUUACCUCGCUCUAUGCAUCAACUCGAGCUCUCGUCGAUGUUCUCAAGAUCCUCAAGGAAAAGGGAACCACCAAAGAUCAUUUGGAAAAGAUGAUUACUUUCGAGGAGUUUAACCGUUUAGUGAACUUGGAUUCGUGGUAUGAGCUUGAAACUAAGUACUCAAAUCUCAGAAACGCUCUUGGGACAACAAAGUCAUGAGAUUCUGAAAAAAACUGUGUCCACAAAGGAAUCUAGGGCAAUGUGUCAUCAAUAAUGUUAUCUUCUUUUUCAUUUGCUAUGAAGCUGUUUGUAUCAUUUCAAUAAUCUUUUUUGCUUUGGUUAGCAUAUUCAGUAAGACUAUUGCAAGACCUAUGGAAAUGUCUGACUUUUAAAAACUAAAAAAAAAAA